UAUCUCAGUGUGUUUCACAAUGUAAAUACAGUAAUGUAAUUGUGCUCUGGUUUGCUGAAAGCAAUGUGCUUUUAACCUAAUUUAUAUGCUAAUGUCCUUCAACCUUUUAUUAAAAUUUAAUUAAUGCUCUAAGUGUGAUUUUUUGCUGUUGAGAAUGUGUACAGAGUAGUGACUUGACAACUGGUAUAUAUUGUAUCUUGGGUGUGUUUUAUGUGCAUUUUUGCUGCAUUUCAUAGGCAGUGUGGAAAACUGGGCAAAUGAAAUAUAAUUCUAUAAAGCAGCUAGUAAUAACUUGGGAAUGUUUUGAAAAAGCUAAUACUUAUGAGAAUGAAAUCUGGUUUUUUGGAUGAUAAUGGGAUGAAUUACAAUUAUAAUAUCUUAAAUGAAAGAAUGGUGGCUUUACAAUAUGUGCACAUUUCUGCCAGUUAAGAGAAUGUUUCUUUAAACUUCUCUUGGACAAUUCAGGUGAUCCUAAAUCACCUGGUGUUCUAAUUGAACAUAUUUAACAUUACAAAAUUCUUGAGAGUGCUAAAGUACAUGUGUCCUAAAGAGUACUGCUACAAAAAAGUCUGUUAAUCUUUUAUCAGUUUAUCUUUAUAAAAAUCAAAGUUGCACAUGAAGGUUUUUGUACUACUUUACAGGAAUAUAUUUCUAAGAACAAAAUUCUUAUUUUUCUCUUGUUCUGUACGCAUAUUUUUAAAUGAAUCAUAAAUCUUAUUUCUUACCUCUGCUGUUUUGUUUACUUUGCUUUUUGUCUCUUAAUGUGGUAAGUAGUACUGUUUUAAAAAUCAAUUUAAAAAGAAUAAUUCAGGUUUCUGUUUCUCAAUCUAUAUUUAUACCUGAGACCUGCAGUUUUUCUAAAGUCCAAGUCACAAUUAAAAGUAAUAGCAUUCUGGUUAUUUUGCAGAAUUGCUCAUAAGAAUGGACAGGAUCUUGAAGGCUAACUGCAAGGAACUGUGCACACUGGAACUCAGUUGUAGAUUUUUUCUCAUUUCUAUUUAUUCUUAUUAUACAUUAUUUAUAUAUACAUAUUUUAGUAUUUACAUUUUAACAUUCUAUAUUCAGUGCAGUUCUAUAUUUCCAAUCAUUUUAACUUACUCACUAAAAUUUCUGUGUAAAUUUGUUGUUUUCGUACUGGUGUGCUUAGCAUUGUUGUUAGUUUUAUUCUCCUUUCUUAAAUUUCUGAAAAUGUCAAUUUUUCAAAAUUUACAGCUACCCAAACUCCAAAAUGAUGGUAGAGAAUUGACCAAGAAAAAUAAAGAAAUCUGUUAACAGGCCAUGGAUGCACGGGUAGUUAAAGAUAUGGCAACUGGAAAGUCAAAAGGCUAUGGUUUUGUAUCUUUUUAUAACAAACUGGAUGCAGAAAAUGCUAUUGUACACAUGGGAGGCCAGUGGUUGGGAGGCCGCCAGAUCAGAACUAACUGGGCAACAAGGAAACCACCAGCACCCAAAAGUACACAAGAAAACAAUACAAAACAGUUGAGAUUUGAAGAUGUAGUAAAUCAGUCAAGUCCAAAAAAUUGUACUGUGUACUGUGGAGGAAUUGUGUCGGGACUAACAGAUCAGCUUAUGAGACAGACUUUUUCACCGUUUGGACAGAUUAUGGAAAUAAGGGUGUUUCCAGAAAAAGGUUACUCAUUUGUCAGGUUUUCAACCCAUGAAAGUGCAGCACAUGCUAUUGUUUCAGUUAAUGGAACCACAAUUGAAGGACACGUUGUUAAAUGUUAUUGGGGUAAAGAAUCCCCUGAUAUGACUAAAAACUUCCAACAGGUGGAUUACAGUCAGUGGGGACAAUGGAGCCAAGUAUAUGGAAAUCCACAACAGUAUGGGCAAUAUAUGGCUAAUGGGUGGCAAGUACCAUCAUAUGGAAUGUAUGGCCAAGCAUGGAAUCAACAGGGUUUUGGAGUAGACCAAUCUCCAUCUGCUGCCUGGAUGGGUGGAUUUGGUGCUCAACCUGCCCAGGGACAAGGUGCUCCUGUAAUACCUAACCAAGCUGGAUAUGGUAUGGCAAGCUACCAAACGCAGUGAGCUGGGACUCUGUUUAAAAGUGUGUAUUUCAUGAUAGGCUGCAGUUUCCAGUGACAUUCUGAAGACUGGAAUGUAGACAAUGAAAAAAAAGAAAAUAUUUAUUUUAAAAAUGGAAAUGUUUGGAACCUUUAGCACAGCUUUGCUUUGGUGAAGGACACAAAUGUCUUCUAGUUCUGCCUUUUUAAGUUUUUGUUCAUGAUGGAUAUGAACAUGUUUUUCUUUGUGUACAAAAAUUAAAAAUAAAGUCAAUAAAGACAAUUCUGACUACAAAUUUUGAUAUAGUAGGAGAAAUGGCUAAUGAAUUUGAUCUUGAGGUUACCAUUCCUUUUUUUUUUUUUUUUUUUUUUUUUUUUUUUUGGUUUUGUCUUCAGUGUUUUAUAUCAUUGUGCUUUUAAGAGAAAUGACGUUGAAAAACAGGGAGUUGCUUUUAGUUGAACACACAUCCUGAAAUAAACUGUGGACCAAUCACUACAACCUGCGAGACAGUAUUGAGUUUUCAAGAAACCAAUGGACAUAGCUCAAAGUAUAUGUAGGUCUUGGAAUAAUUUUUUAAAAAAAUAUUUAAUUUUUCUACAUGCUUACAGAAAACAGCUGAUACAAUGAACAGUUCAGUGUGAAAUGAAAAACAGUACUGUCUGAGAAAUUUCACAUAACUUUUACUGUCCACAUUCAGGCACACGUUGAAACUUUUCAGAGCUGGUUUGCUUGUUAAAACUCUAGUAGUUUACAUUUAAUUUUGAGAAGUAAAAGUGUUUUUACAAGUAUGUUGUUUGUAUUCAAAUCAGACAGUCAUACUUGGGCUUUUACAUAAAGUUUGAAGGCUACACAUUGUAAAUAUUUCAUAAUUACAGUGUUUCAAAAGCAUGCUCAAACAUAGAAGUAGCAAUGUAAUUAUUCAAAGUAAUACUUAAUAUACCCUACUGCUUUAAAUGCAGUAGAUUGACAAGAAUGUGCAAGACUGACAUUUCCAAAGUUGGCUAUUAUGUAAAGUUACAUAAAGAACUAUAACAAAGAGCCUUAAUUUUAAUUUCAUAAAUCUUUAAUGCAUCACCUUUUUGUCAUUAGAAAUACAAAUUUUUUGCUUUACAUUAUUUGGUAUGUAAAUACCUUGGUUAACAACCUUGUAAACCUAUUUCAAGGUUAUUAUAAGUUGUAUAGUAUCUUGAGUGUUUUGAAAAAUCUUGAUGUUUUUUAAGUCUAGAAAUAUUUUGCCCAAGAAUUUUUUAACAAGAUUGUUAAAAACAUCUUAUUUUAGAGAAUAUUCAAUGUGCCAUUUGGUAAAUGGAGAUGCAGUUGAAACAGUACACUGAGUUGUGACUUAUUUUUAAUUAAAGUUUUUGUCUUUAUGGAUGGUUUGCAUGUGAUGAACUUGUACAGAGGCUGGGUUGUUUGUGUACUGAGUGUGUAAAUGGAUAAAUCAUGAAGAUGUUUAAAUGGUAUACUUGGGUUAUUUCUGAAUUAUUUUAUGGAUACAUUGAUAUAAACUGCCUCAAUAAAUUUGAAGUUGAAAAUGAA